GCUGCUUUUCUUCAGUGGCAUUUAAGUUGGAGUUUAUUGAGGCAGCAGCCGUGGAAAAUGAAGAUCUCCUCUGUUGUGUUUGCUCUUCUGACUCAAGCACUUUUUGGAGAUUUGUGUCUGGCUAUCAACGUCACCAUCACCCCAUCCCCCUUCACAGUGGCCCAGGAGGGUGAAAACGUCACUCUCACCUGCGUUGUGUCCCAGCGGCGCCGAAAUGCCGCUUUACCUGUCGUUAAAUGGACCUUCCUACCAGCGGGCACACGCCGGUCGGAGGACGAACUCUUAAUUGCCCGUGUCAACAUGAGGAAGGCCCGGUUCUACAGCAACUACACCAAAAGCUUCCCAUGGCCCAAACUGAAGCUUACGGUGGUGAAGCAGGGGAAAAUCUUUGACCUGCUGAUCUUGAACGUUUCCGAGGGGGACCAGGGGCUCUACAUGUGCCGGGUACAGGAAUUUAAAAAGCACCAGAACCGCUGGAAGGCCUCGUCCAACUGCACGGCCGCUACUGAUCUUAGAGUGCAUGUCCUACCGGCAACCAAGGCCAAAGAAAGCCUGUGGAGCCUAUUUGAAGAUGUGUACCUGUGUGCGGUGCUGAUCUGCUCAGUGGGCCUUCUGUGCAUGUGCAUGUUCACAGUGACGGUGACCUGCCAGUACAUACAGAGGAAGCAGAGGUUAAAAGAUAACUACCGUCUGGUCAAAAGCCAACAAAACAGCUCUGGAGAGACAGUGACCAGUGUCGUCAGCUUGUCUCCUGCUCUGCCAGAAAAGUCGAGGAGGUACCGGAAGAAAAGGAGAAGAGACCAUCAGGAGGACUUACCACCAGAGAUACCAGCCAAAGUUCCCAUUGGAGACAAAAGGAAACCCAAACUUUUAAAACCACAGCCAAGGAAAAUAGUGUUGCCAAAGAUAGUGGAGGAGAAUCUGACCUACGCAGAGUUGGAUCUGGUGAGGUCGAUUCCAGAAACCAAGGCGUCACAUGGCGGCACCGUGUACGCUCAGAUACUGUUUGGGGAGCAGGAGCUAUGAUUCAAACACACACACACACCACUAGUAACUGUGCCUCAUGUAAAAAGUAUUGUCUAUUUAUAGCCUGUAUUUUGUACUGAAAUGGUUUGUGAAGGUUAUAAUGUGCAAGAAUGUAAAAAAUUGAACAUAUGAUUUUUAUACAAACUUUGCUAUCAUUUUCUUUAUUUGAGACCAAGAUGCAAAAGAGAAAUAUUUUUUGUACGCUGAUGUUUUUCUUUUCCACACAUGUUUGAAUCCUGUCUAGCUCAAACUGGGAACACAAUAGAACACUACUAUGCUGAAUAAGUCCAUCAUCACAAUAAGAAUGGAGACUGGAAGCUAGUUAGAGCCUCGAUCCCGAACCUGUCAGACAUGCGUCAGGCAAUAUUUGCAAUGUGAUAUAUAUAAUUCCUGUUGUGUUUAGAACAUCGAGUUUACUCUUGGGUCGGGUGAUAAGGUGGUUGAUACCACGCUUAUGUCUGUGCAUUACGUAUGGAGCUAGGGUCAGGAGGUAAUUAGCUUAGCUUUGCAUACAAAGGGGAAGCAGGGGAACCCAACCAGUCAGCCUGAAGCUAAAACUUAAACAAGGCCAGCAUAGGUUAUGUGCUUUUAGAUUUUUGACAAAAGGCCCCUGUUUAUUUAGCACAAACAAGUAAAUAAAUAACUACCUGUGCAACCAAAACAAUUUUUUUUCAUUUCUAUAAGUGUACAGAUAAAACAGACAAGAUAUAAUGUGUUUACUUACAUAGUUACUGAGCCUUAGAGACAUUGGUCGUAUUUCUAAACUCAAGGGAUAACAGGCUGUCUUUCCCUGCUUCUCACUCGCACUUUCCUAAGCUAAGCUAACUUAAGCUAGCUUCAUACGUGAUACAUCAUAGAGGCAUCGAUCUUCUCAUUGUAAAUAUACACAAACCAUCAAAUUGUUCCUUUAAAAUAACAAAUUCUGUUAAUUUAAUAAACUAAAAUACAUGAAGGCUCUAUGAUGGCAACAAACUGUAAGGAGGAAGCGGAAUUCAUGACCUAUACCACAGCCCGCCACCAUGUUCUGAUCAUGACGUUUUGGCUUUACUUUAGGGGAGCAGUCAUGUCAUCCAUCUUUAUAUACACAGCCUUCAAGUAGUGACAUAGUUAUAUCCUGGUCACUAUGAGUAAGAAGAUCAAGGGACAAAAUAAAUUAGAGACCUCCAUUGUUAUGAAUGUGAACUAGUGCAUUUUCAGAUGUGAUUUACUUCUAGUGUGUUCUAUCUGUCUCACAACAUCUGUGUUCAUUCUGUUUUGGUGGGUCAGGCGACAGUUUAUAAUGACCACGAAUCCACAGAGAUGAUAUUAAACUAGCGAUUAGCCCCUGACCUCUGCCUUACAAGCAAGUUUAUGUGAGACCCUUUCAUCUGGUGCCAAAAUCAACUUAACUGGCUGUUAGCGACAAAUGUAUGUUUACACACAUGCAAGGGUGGAGUUGCAACAGGAAAAACACCCUUGUAGACUAACACAAAAAGGUGCAUACUGUAAAUCCAAAUAAUCUGCUGUGACUGGUAACAGGGACAAAACUGAGACCUGUGUUUGGACUAUUUCACAUUAAUGUAAGUCACAUAUGAGUUGAUUUUGUUGAGAUUAGAGCCAGAGGCCAAAUUGGCUGUAAUCGCACAUACCUUCGCUACAGUCUUCUUGCGUCUCACUUUCAGUGUUAAAGUGCAUAGGAGUCUUUUUCCAUUUAAUGAUCCUCUGGAUACAUGCAUGGAAGAAGCAAAGGAAAGUGAACUUGAAACCCAGACCCAAAGGCACCGGAUUCCACUUUCCCCAAAGACGUUCACUAUCUCACAUGAAGUUAUCCAUGCAGAUGGCGAUGAAGUAGCACUUUCUUUGUAAUGCUUGAAUAAGUCUCCAACUCUUUUUUACUGUUUUCAAACCAGCUAAUUAUCAGGUAACUACUAGUAUUCAGUCAUUCCUCUGUGAAACUUUCAAGAGCACUUGGUAGCCAUGUUAGCCUAAGUGAAAUUAUAAAUACAAAUAAAAAGACUUGUAGCAUAAUAAAUGUAACCCAAAUUUGAGACCAAACACAUUGAAAUAUGCUAAUUCUGAAAAGUCUUGAGCUUGAAGCAUGAAAGUUGAUGCAAGAUCCUGACACCGAUAGGUUAGCAUACAGUUUAAGAUAAUUCGUUUUUUAACACGGUGUUCAUCGGGUUGGAACCUACGUAGAGUUCUAUCGUUAAAUAGUUUAAGCCAAGCAGUCCUCAUCAGGAUGGACGACUUGUCCGAUCAAUGAGAAUUUGGUUGAACCAAAUUAUCGCUACCAACCUAUCGACCAUUUAACCGGGACAAAAGCCCCAAUGUGCUUGGACUUUUCUUUUUUCUUCUAACCUUAUAUUAUGUUACAAUGCAAACCACAGCUGACCCCUGCAUUUUUGGAUUUUUUCAUUGUUCUCUUCUGUUCAGUUGCACAGUGUUUAUUAUCCCUGUAUAACAUGACUGAAACUGACCCUUUAGUGGUGGGUAGAAGCGUCUUAAAAAUGCCCUCAAACUGUGAAAUGUAAAGUUUCUUCCAGACCACAUUGUCCUUAAUGGGAGUUCGCUAACUAGAACCAUAUGUAUGAAUGGUGCCUCUCCGCUCUCCAGCUCUCCCUCUCUCUGUUCCCCUCUUCCUCUCUGCCCACCACUGACCUAUGAACAUUCCAGCGUUUUGGCUCUUGUCCAUUUUGGCCAUUUCUGAUGUGUUUGUAUCAGCAAAUCAAAUAAAUAUGAAAGUUGAUGGAAGCAUAAUGCUGCCAGAGAGUGUUUUUAGCAGUGAUAUGGCUGCGGCUCUAUUGUUGUUCUGCAUAGAUGGCAGAAACUUUUGUUAUGACUUUGAGUGAACAUGCUUACCAAAGUGAAAGUGAUCAACAUUAUGCUAACCUCAGAGUGGUAGCACUGUCUCUUUGAGCAUUUUUGUGUACAGAUAUUAGCAUUUAGCUCAGAUCACAGGAACAAGAGAAGUCCAAAGAUGGACGAUGCAUCUCCACUUCCUCCCACUAUCUAUGAAGCCAAAAUAUCCUAGAUACCGCCAACCUCUCUGCAAAGGAGCGAUUGAGGGAUGGAGCAGCAAUAAAAGGUCCUGUCGAUACAAAUGCAUGUCCAAUUAUCAGUCUCAGCUGUCAAUUUUCACAUUUCACCUUUUUUAUAGCAUCAAAGAUUAAAGCCAAAUUACCGUAGAAUUACCUAAAAUGACAGAAAACAAUUUUAGAGAUAAGUUAACGUGACAUGUACUUUGAAGUUUUAGUUUGGUCUAUGUCCCAUCAUCACUUUUGUCCCCCUCUGUCAUGGCAGCCAUCUUUUUUUAGAGUCUAUUGCCACAGCUCUGAUUUAUCAAGCCGCUCAAGUCGAAAUUUCAUCUCGGAAGGUGGGCGGAACCUACAGUGGGGAAAGGAACUCAGAUAGACUUCAGAGGUGUGGGAUGAGACAAUGCUU